UGGAAGCGACGAAAUCGGACGCCAACGCGCCAACCCGCCAACUGCGAAGCUCUUGUUCGGAUGCGUGCUUCAACGCAACUCGGCUGCUAUGUGUGUAAAAUCUGGCUUGUUUUCCACGCCUCGAGAAAUUCCGUUUGCACUGGAGGCCUGGCUUUAGCAUCCGUCACGGACUUUACGGAGAGGUGGAGACAUACAUGAAUAAUGGCUUGUUCGACGGUGCCGCGGACGUCACCGGCGAUCUGAGAGGGCACUGCAAGGAGUGCGAAUGCAAUGGUUUUCAGCGCCUUGUUGAUCUGGCCAUGACAAAGUACCUAUUGGCUGGUGCAUUCUCUGUGGACACUCGCCUGCCUCACAUGGACCUCUCGUCAGCCUCUAAGAAGGUGCCCAAGACGGAUGUCUGCAGGAAGCUGGAUCUUGCAGUGCACCACAAUAGUCUUUUGCUAGACAAAUAUGUGGCCAGUGGUCAACAGACACCACAACUUACCCAGAAAGAGGGCCUGCGCAAUCUGUCGAAGAUUAUUCUUUGACAGUGCACCAGGCAAUGAAGUUCGGCACCCAGGAAGUGCUUCCGCCCCUGUACUGACGCAAGGGGCCGAAGAAAGUUUUCGUUCAAGCACCUCGACCCAGCUACAUCAUAAGUGUGUACACUGCGACUUUUCAUCUUAUUAUUUUAGUCGUUUUCCAUCUCACAUAAAGGUUGCUCAUCGUUCUGUUAAAAAGUACACCUGUGCCCUUUGUAAGGUCACUUUUGCAGCUGUUACCCGUUAGAAACAGCAUUUUGAUGAAUUUCACAUCUUGAUCGUGGCCAGUGAAGAGCAGCAUUUGAUGAGUAGCGACAGUGAAAUGGUCCACCAGGACAUGAGCAUUGAAACUGAGGUCUCAGAAUUUUAGCCGUCUGUGCUCAAUGAUGAAGCAAGGCUCUCCGAUCUGUUCAGGCUUUUGGAGGGUGAGCACAUAUGUGCAAAAAAGCUAUCAGUGCUGUUGUCAAAAACAUUUCGGAAAUGUUCCACGCCAAGGGCCUUCAGCUAGACGCAUCAGGUUUAACUGACAAAGCAGGAAAACGUCAGUAUGAACGUAAUAAUAUAUAUGUUAGACCUUCU